GCAAAACAUGCUGGUUUGAAGUGAGGCUGCAGACGCCACUGCACCGUUACAAUCGAGACGGACCUGUUUUUCUCCUCCUUCUCCCCUGAGCGGGGUCGCGAUCGGACGCCGUAGGAUAAUGAGAUAUAAAGCCGGCGAAGCAGGCCAACGAAGCCCUCCACCACCAGCACCAUGUGGCCCAGAACAACCUGCUGCCACUGCUUAACGCGGGAGCCGAACAAAUCGACCAGAAGCCCAUCCUGCCCAUCCACAUAGACCACAAGCCCCCCACCAGCGCCGCGGAUCUCCUCAAAGACAAUGUGGCCAGCGGGGGAGGCGGGCGCCCGCCGAUGCCUGUGAUCAAGAAGGAGCACAAGGGCAAAACGCCGUUUGUCUGCGGCUACUGCAACAAGGCCUUCCGCGACAGCUACCACCUGCGGCGCCACGAGUCCAGCCACACCGGCAUCAAAAUGGUGUCGCGGCCGAAGAAGACGACGACCCAGGCGGCCCCGACCAUGGUGCCCAUGAUAUCGACCAUGUCGCGGGAGAACAACGGCCACCCUUCCUACAUCUCCACGGUGGCGGGCAUCCUCUCCACGGCGACCACCUCCGUCUCCUCGGGCACGAGCAUCAUGACGUCGUCCGCCAUGGGCAACGUGCAGCAGCAGAACGCACCGAAGAAACCCGCCAAGCCCGUCAAGAAAAACCACGGGUGCGAGAUGUGCGGCAAGGCCUUUCGAGACGUCUACCACCUGAACCGCCACAAGCUGUCCCAUUCGGACGAGAAGCCCUUCGAGUGCCCCAUCUGCCAGCAGCGCUUCAAAAGGAAGGACCGCAUGACCUACCACGUCCGCUCGCACGACGGGGGGGUCCACAAGCCCUACGUUUGUUCGGUGUGUGGGAAAGGCUUCUCCAGGCCAGACCACUUGAGCUGCCACGUGAAGCAUGUGCAUUCCUCAGAAAGACCAUUUAAGUGUCAAGUAACGGCCUGCACCUCUGCUUUCGCCACCAAAGACCGACUGCGUUCCCACAUGAUCAGGCACGAGGGCAAGGUCACCUGCAGCAUCUGUGGGAAGAUGCUCAGCGCAGCCUACAUCACCAGCCACUUGAAGACUCACGGACAGACCAACUUCAACUCCUGUAACAAAGCUACGCCUGUGACCAUUUCUGCCCCCAUCACCUCGGCGAUGAACCGGUGCCACAUCAACAACCCUGUCACCAUAGCCGCACAAAUGAACAUUGGCACUAACACGGUGAACAUCACAUCUAACAUCAGCCUCCAGCACCCGGUCACCAUCACCGGGUCGGUCAACAUCCCUUCUUCGGCGGGCAUGAAUAUCGCCCACCCGGUCGCCAUAACGACCACCAUGCCAAUGAACAUGGCCGGUCCGCUAAACAUCGCUAUGAGGUCAAUGGAUAGCAUGCCUUUUCUGUCCCAAGUCUUGCCUUCUUCCCCACCGUGGUAAAAAAAAAGAAAGACAGAAAGGUGUGAGAGAGAAAGAAAGAGAGAGAGAGAUAUUGGCCAGCGAGAAAGGGAAAAAAAAAAGACUCCUGUCCUCAUUAUUUGCACCUCAAGCUCGUCUUUCUCCCCCUGAACCAUGUUUACUUACCCUGGGGUGAACAUUUCCAUGAGCUGCGCCGCCAGUAGGAGCUCCCCGAGUCACAGCUGCGUCCCAACUAAUGUUACGUAACCGACAUGAGAGGCAGAACACUUGAGUAGGAAAUCGAGUAGGAUUUACCGUGAAAUCACGACAGCCGCCGUAAGACGUAGUGUAGUCAGUUAGUGAUGAAACUGUGAUUUGUGUGAUGACAGAGGAGGGGGGACGACCCGUGAGGACUCUGGAAAACACACCUGUGCUUUUUGUAAAAGGGAGAUGAGAAACAGACUGAAGCAAUAACGGUAAAUUGCUGUUUUAGAUGUUUUACAAGUUCUCUCCCAAAGUCUCUCGGUGUUACUUUAUAUUUUAUUUUAUUAUUAUAGACUGCUAAUCACUAUUUAAUGUUAUAGGAAAUGAGUCUAGAAAAAGGGACAGCAGCUUCAUCUGCAUUGAAGACUUUUUUUUUUUUUACAGUGCUAUAGCUCUUUCUCUUCUCAGAUAGUAGGUAUGCUCUCAAGGUACAGUGACUAACCUGUACAGUUGACAUAGUAAUGUAUUUUCAUGCCAGCGUUUUUAAUUUUUAACUUUUGUCAUUCAUGUCCCGUCAACGAUGACACAUUUGGACUUUGUUUUCUGUCUGUAUCGAAAGACAGAGGUUCGUUUUCAUUCGCCUGUUGGUAGUCUUCGUUUUCGGGAUUAAACACGUCUUGCACUGACAGCAUAUCCUACAUCAAGGUAAGCAGCAGUAUUAUCAAAGAUCAAGCUGGAGUCUUAAGUGUUGGCCCGGUUGGCCCGCCUGCACCCAGAGGGCGACGGAGUGGCUAAGCGAGCAGAAUCCUGCGGUGAAGCUUUUUCAGGCUGUUGCUGUCAUCGUCUCCAUGGUGACUGACUCCUCUGUACACUGUCGUUUUUAAAUUUGUUUUUUAAUCAUUUCUCUGUGAACGCCCCACAUGGAUGCUAAGGACCCUUCACUCAGGAAACACACGUAAAAGCCUGUUGGAAAUUUGGUUUCUUUCAUUCAUUUCUACCAUGUAUCUUGAUUUUUUUUCCUGUUAUAAUUUGCUCAGUUGCGUUAAAAGACUUCCAUCACGGACAACAAGUCCAAGGACUAUUCAUUUUAAACAUAGCCGUCCAUUUAAAUCCUUUUUUACUGUGCAAUGGCAUACACGCUGUACCGUUUCCUUUUUGAAGUAAAGUUCAGUAAUGUGGCGGAGAGUUUAAUGAAAUGCAAGUUUGUGUUCAUAAAAUUAUUGGGACAUAAUUGAUGUUGCAUGAGCCCAAACACUGUAGCUGUUGAACAUGAACUAUUUUUAAUGAAUGCCAUGUUAUUUCAACAGUGCUGAUGUUGAUUCAGUUCAUACUGAAAAAUGCAAUAUGCAUGUUUCUCAUUUUUUGUUUUAAACAAAAUGUUAGUGUAGCUUCUUUUUUUUGUUACGCAUUUACGUAGAUACACUCUGAUAGCCUGUUUGCCAAAUUUGAUACAAUAAUAAUGUGAUAAAACUGAACUUUUCUGGUGGAAUUGAACAUCUCUUUAUUUUUUAGGAAAAGAAAAAAAUUGGAGAUUCCAGGACCCUUGUGAAAGCAGUUGAAUGUAUAUCUUUGUACAAAACUAUUUUAGUUCCGAGGCUAUGGUAGAAACAAUAGAUGUGAAAGAUAACCUUUUUUUUUUUUUUUUACAAAUCUUUUGUAUUAGAACAUUAACCAUAGUAAUUUUGUAUAUACGAGAGGCUAGGCUUACCGAUUAGCAGAAAGGUCAAACAUUCCUACAUUAUUUUUUUUUUUAAAUGUAUGUUUGUCAAAUUAUUAAAAAAAACAUGCGCAAUGUUAUGUGCCUUUUAUUUGGGUUGUCUAAAUAAAAGAAAACUAUCAAAUGUG